AUGGCAUUGAAUCAGGGUGACGCCGGGGUUCCAGCAGCCAGCGUCAACGACGCUGAACUGGACGCUCGGUUGACUGGUAUGGAACAGCGGCUAGGCGAAGCGAUGGAAGGCAGGAUGCAAGCCAUGAUGAGCCAGGUGAUAAGCCAACUUCCAUCGUUGAUGAGGGGAGCGUUGGAUGUUGGAGGUGUUCAGCAGGAGGUGGAGUCCGGCGGUGACGUAGGGGCAUCGACAGGGGCCAGCGGUGACGCUGCCGCCCCGAACAGCAGCCAGGGGUCCGCCGCGACGGGCACAGUGGGUGUAGGCGGCUACGGCAGAGAAUAUGGCUCCCAAGGUGAAGCAGCCGCAACCGGCGGUGGCGUUGGUGGUGUUUUCGUCAGCGGUGAUGCCGCUGGUGAGGGUCUUUUCACGGGAGGCGGCGGAAUUUCGAAACUCGCCGCGUCUCACGUAAACCCACCACAGCUCAAGAAAGGGGCCGAGCAGUACCCGGGGUGGAGGCAGGAUAUGAUCGUGCAGGCAGGCAUUCUCGACAUAGGCGAUGUGUUCUCCGGCGGCGGGGUGCUGCCGGACAUCAACAAGCCACAGACCGCCCUUCUCGAGCAGGGGUUUUCGUAUGCAGCAAUCCGCAAGACGUAUCUGGCGUGGAAUUUCCUCUCUGCCGCGUUGACUACUGAGACGGACAAAGCCAUCUUCCGUCGCUCCACGAACCCAAGGGAAGCCCUGCGGCAACUAGAUGCGGCAUACCUGUCGGAGGCACAGGGUGCACAGCAGCAGCUUUUCAGAGAGUUCCAGCAGUACCAGACUCCUCGGAAGGAGAACCCCGUCGCCAGUUUGAACAAGCUCAUGGGUAUGGCCAACAUGAUGCGGCAAGGGGGCGGAGCCACGGUAAACGACCAGUUCGUGUUCGCCCGACUUAUCGAUUCGCUGCCCAACCCCGAAUACGAAGUCACCAAGCAAACCUUGUCGGUGGUCCAACCGCUGACGAGGGAUAUCCUUGUACAACAGCUCUCAACCCGAUUUAACCUUCUCACCGAGGAAUGGAGGAAGGAAGGAGAAAAAGGAUCCGGGGGGGAGCAGGCGUACAUUGCGGGUGACGGCACCGGGAAGGGGCGGCAGGCUGGCGGCGGCCGCGGCAGUAAGAGCAACGGCCGUGGCAGCAAGAAGAAGGCGGGGACGGACGACCGGGUCGACCACCGGAGGUGUUUCCGGUGCAACCACCGCGGGCAUAGGAAGCCCGACUGCACCACGAAGGAGGAGGACUUCCUGGAGCAGUGCGACACGUGUUCGGGCUUUGGGCACAACAGCGAGAAGUGUGCGACACCCACGGAGGAAGCGUGCAUGGCGGUAGUGGAGCAUGCCAACUUCGCGGUGGUGAGUUUCGAAGAGCAGUACGACCGCGCGGAGGAACUGUGCAAGAUGGAUCCUAGUUGGGAGAAGCUGACCGAAGACGAGAAGGAAGCAAAGGUGCAGGAAGUGAUAACUGAAAGUUUCUAGGGUGGACAGGUGGUGUUGCUAAUACGGUACGGCAGGUUGGCCGUAGGCCCUCAGCGCCGCUGAUUUGCGGUGGGGGGGCCGGACGAAGUCGCGCGGAGGUGGCGCGCAAGCACAGCAUGGACAGAGGGGCCAUGAAAGUCGCACAAUUGACGGUGCGCACUCCAUCUGCGGGAUAGGAGUCGGUGGAAAGCAGGGACGGUAGAGUGACCGUUGGGCAGAAUAGCCGGAGACACCUUACCAUGGACUGACCGCGCGACGGCGUGUGGGUUGUGGGCGCCGCACUCGCUUGACGCGGGCGAUGUUUUCUCUAAGUUGAUCACAGGCACGGCAGAGUGGCCGUGCACGCCCUACCACGGUUGACACGCGCGACGGCGCGUCGGGGGGUGGGUGCCGCAUCACGCGUGAAGCGGGCGGCAUUUUUCAACCACAGCACGGACGGAGGGGCCGUGGCUGUCCUGCCUUGCCGUUUGGAGCCGGGGGGGUAGCACUUGAAGUCGCGCGGAGAUGGCGCGCAACCCAGCACGGACGGACGGGCCGUGGCUGUUCUGCCUCGUCGUUGGAGCGGGGGGGGGCAGCAUGUUUUGUCGCGCGGAGGUGGCGCGCAACCAUCAGCCGGAGGUGGGCAUUUGGGGUGGGGCACAGCGAUAUGGCGGUGUCAUCAAAGUCGCGUGGAGAGUCGCCGCGCGCAUUUCAUAAGCCGGGAAGGGAGGAUGGAGAUCGGGAUCGGCAGGAUCGACUUGUGGACGAUCGAGGGCGCGCUUCAUCUUCACGAUUGGAACUGGUGGAGUGGAUGGGCAAGCUUGAUAAUUUUUUCUUGUGUUUUUCUUUUUUCAAGCGUUCUUGAUCUUGUUUCGUUUUUUUUUUGUCGUUUCUUUUGACGGUAAUUUUGUUUUUGGUUGCCGAAUCCAGUGGUGUGUCGGUGAUGGUAGCAAAGUGGGGGGGGAUGAAAACGUGCACGUUGGUAGAAUUUGCCACCAUAUUUGAUGCGUAGUUCAUGAAGGUUCAAUCGCAAGUUGAUGCAUUCUUGGUUGAAGGAAGAUCGAGGUUUUUGACUGUUUGCAGAUUGCGGGCCUUGUUUGAAGGAGGCUUGACGUUUUGUUUCUGAAGAUGGGUUUCGUGGAAAACCGGUUGUGUUUGAUUUGUUCUUCAGCAGAAACAGGAUGUUUGUGGUUUUGAUUUGGUGGUGGAUCGCGCUUGGUUGAUCCCAAAAGAGGGAGAACGUACCUGUCUGAUGAAGUUUUGAUGCGGAAUGCAGUUAGGCAGGGAGGGCGUUGCCCGUACAUGUGUGUGAUACACGAAUCAGUGUUGGUGCUGCACAAGGAUCUUGUUUCAUCAUUCAAGAAGGAUUUUGCCAGGAGCGUACCUCGUGGUUGGAGAGUAGAGCGUUGCUUAGAAAAUCGUAAUCCGCAUGUUUGGUGUAAGUCGCUUUUGUUUUGAUCUUGCAGUACAGCCGUUGGAAUCAUAGAUGACAUGGACGGUUCGUUUGAUUUUGUUUGAGGCGUUGGACUUCGAGGGGUUUUGAUCCGGCGGUCGGGUUUCCCCUUGGUUUUAUUUUCUUCGUUGUGUUUCAGCUAUUUGGCAUAGUUCCGACGCACGAGCGGCUCUUCGAUGGUGCAAAGAACCAGGGAGGGUGAUCGUA